AUGUGGGUUGUGGAAGUCGCCGUGCUGGGGAGCGCGUGGGCUUUACCGGGCGCAUUUAAAAUCCUUCAAGGAUCCAGUAUGCAGUGGCUUUCUCAGUCCACCUACCACACGCUCCUGUUUCCGGCCGUGGCCUUGACUUUCAUCUUGGCCUGGCUGGCAAGGCCAGCUGCGUCAGAGAAGUUCCCGCCGGGCUUCCGAAAGCACCUCAUGAAAUACCUGAUCGUCUGGGUCUUCUGUGUUGCGGCAGACUGGCUCCAGGGCCCCUAUGUUUAUGCGCUUUAUUCUGCUUAUGGAUACUCAAAGCACGAGAUCGCGGUGCUGUUCGUAGCCGGGUAUGGAGCAUCCGGAGUUUGCAGCUGUGGCAUUGGCUCACUGGCCGACCGUUUUGGUCGAAAGAGAUGCUGCUUGGCAUACUGCGUCUUCCAUACCCUUGCAGCCUUAUCGAUGCACUGGAAAGUGCAUGUGAUUCUUCUGCUGGGACGCGUUCUGGCGGGAGCUGGCACAUCGAUUCUAUUCUCCUGUUUCGAAUGCUGGAUGGUAUCCGAGCACACCGCAAAGCAUAAUUUUUCUUCGAGCUUGCUGACGUACAUGUUUAGUCUCAAGUUCUGCGCCAUGUACACGGUGGCCGUGUUGGCGGGCUUGGGAUCACAGGCCGUGGUUGAUAACACCAAGCUGACAGUACUGGAGGACCGCGUCGGCAUUUACUAUGGAGGCUACACGGCACCCUACGAUCUGUCGGUCCUCAUGCUUCUGGUUGGCUUCUGCAUCAUUGCCACAUGCUGGUCGGAGAACUAUGGGCAAAGCUCGGGGACGGGAAGCAAGCUCCUCAUGUGGGAUGCCGUGAACCUGCUAUUCCAGGAUCGAAACUGCCUCCGUCUCUGCAUGCUCGUCGCCAUUUUUGAGGGCUCCAUGUAUGUCUUCGUCUCGAACUGGACCCCGGCUCUGGAGUCAGAGGACACCUCCCCUCCUCAUGGCCUGGUCUUCGCGCUCUUCAUGCUCUCGGCAACCUGCGGAUCCUCAGCAGCGACCUUGGGUGGGCGUUUCAUGAGUCCGCGCAGGCAGCUGCGGGUCAUCAUGCUCCUCUGUGUUCUGUCAUUUGCCCUUGCCAGCCGGAGCGCAUGCACAGCAAUCGGCUACUGCCUGAUUGCCUUCAUGAUCUUUGAAUUCUGUGUGGGCUGGUACUUCCCCUGCGUCGGCAUCGCCAAGAGCGAGAUUGUCCCAGAUCGCAUCCGGGGGUCUAUGUACAACUUGUUCCGAGUGCCGCUGAAUGUCUUGGUGUUGGUUCUCCUUCUCACGGACCUCAGCAGCGACUCGCGCUUCGCUCUUUGCGCCGUGCUGCUCCUGCUCGCGAUGCUGGCCACCUUCGGACUCGGGCACAAGCCCAAGAGUGCCGACACCCAGGUCCAUCCUGCAGUGUGA